AUGGUCCACGCCCGACCAUCUCCGAUUUUUUUAAAAUUUGAACAAUGUGAGGAAUGCCCAGGAAAACUGAAUGUCGAAAAUAACUUAAGAGCGAUUUUCGAAGAAGCUGUAAUUUCAAUUGACAACACAAUCAGUUUUUAUCAAUGGUCCCAUGAUGAUAAUCGCAGUUCAUUGAUUUCCGUACAGGAUACAGUUGACAGUUUCAUUGAAAGAUUUUCGCAAAAACUUGACGAGUUGUCAUCGCAUCAUUACAUAAGCAAAGAACAAUUGAAAUAUCUUAGCGAUUCUAAAGAAAAUUUAAAAAAUUCGGAGUGUAUUGCUUUAAUGGAUUUUGCUGAAAAUUAUUCGGUGAUAAUACAGGAUGCAAUCCAGAGUCAACAUUGGAGCAACACGCAAGUUACUCUUCACCCAAUUGUUCUUUAUUACAGAGACGAUGAAAACUUAUCUGUCAAAAGCGUUUGCAUGAUUAGCGACUGUCUCGAUCACAAUGUUUUCGCUGUUUAUGAGGAUUUUGGAUUAAAAGCAGAAUGGCACUUUUUUGCAACUUCUCAUGGAAAAAGUCCUUGCGAUGGAAUUGGAGGGACAACAAAAAGAUUGGUUGCAAGUAUCAACAAAAAAUCAGAUAUUGAACGCCAGAGAUUUUUACACAUACGAUGA